GAGAUGUAGUAAAAAAGGCAGGGUUGUUUUCAUGUUUCCCUCUCUGUAGAGAACUGUGUGUGUGGAAAAGAAAGAGGGAUUUUUAAAAAAAAUAAAGAGAGAAUGAAAAGAGAGAAAUUGCUUUCAGUUGCUACAAGUUAAACUGGAUUUUUCUAAAAGCAUUCCAGCAGUUUGAGGAGUUUCUCAGAUCAGCAUCUUGCAAGAAGAUUUUGGACAAGGACUCUGCUCAGAGAAUACACUGACCUUUGAUGAAGACGUGGUAUCCCUCUUUUUGAGAUCUAAUUCAGUGGCUUUGACACUGAAUGUUUCAUUUUCAUGCAAAAUCCUUGAUUCCUUUCACACUUUUUUCACCAAAAUAUUUUUUAAGUUACUUUUUAGAUUAAUUUCAGCAUCUCCUCAAGAGGAUAUAUGAAUUUCAGAGACAUUUGUUUUGCUCCCUACAAUCUUUAAGGUAAAAUUACAUUGUCUGCACAAUUUGGAGAAAGUGUGGGGAGAAAACAAAACAACAGAUAUUUAUGAUUUACUUUUUUAUUUUGAAGAGAUCAUUUUGACUGACUAUUUACACUUUGAUUUAUUUAUCAUUGAAAACACAGCUUUUGACGUUGGCUGUUAAAUUUGUGGUUGAUAAGAUUUAAGUUAAGCUUCUUGUCAAUCAAUAUUUUUUAGACCAUAGCUGAAUUUUCUAACAGAUUUACCAAAGUGCUGUUAUAAAGUAAGGGUAGGUUUUAAAUUUUUUUGCAUUCAGCUCAAAGAGGGAGAAAGAAAAAAAACACACACAGAUGGCUCAGAAAGACGGAGGAACAGAGCAGGGGUGCAUUAAAACAGAGGACAGUUUAGGGGCCAAAACAAUGGUUGGGGCCCCCUCAGCUGGUGGAGGAGUGGUGGUGGAAGUUCGGGAGAAGAAGGGACCUCUGCGGGCUGCAAUACCCACAAUGCCUUUCCCCGUGGCUGUCAUUUGUCUUUUCCUAAACACCUUCAUACCUGGGCUUGGAACUCUGGUCUCGGCGUUCACUGUGCUGUGUGGAGCGCGCAGCGAGCUGAUCUCAGAGCGAGGCAUGUGCUGUGUGUUCUGGCUCAAUGUGGCAGCCGCCCUCAUCCAGAUCCUGACAGCCGUUAUAAUGGUUGGAUGGAUCAUGAGCAUCUUCUGGGGAAUGGACAUGGUCAUCCUGGCGAUUUCUGAAGGUUGUAGAGACCAGGGUAUCCCUCAAGAUGUCUGAGACACGUCUUUUUCAAACACAUUGAUGGAUCCAGUUAAGAUUCAGCAGUAAAACUACAGUGAAGGAAAACAGUGACUUUUACGAUGAUAAUGAGUUCACAGCAAUGUGUGUCAGAGAUGUUAAAGAUUAAAAAGACUGGACAUCAGACUGAAUUUUUUUUAUAUGAACAUAAUUUGGAUAUUAAAAAUAUGAUUUUGUUUUAUUUAAGAGAGAAUUUAGUGUGUUUUUAAAAUUUUAGGCUUUCAUGUUUUGUUGGAAUAAACUCGGUGUUAAUGUUUCAGCAUCUUUCAUUUGCAAAAUAAAAUAAAAUAAAAAAUCAACUAAAGUUGUGAAUCCAAAAAGGCCAUUUUUAUAUAACGAUAAAAACCUUGAAACUAAAAGUUGUUUAUCAUGGGCUUAACAUUGGUGUCCACUGCUGACCUGGAAAUUGAGUGAAUAAAUGUCACAUUAAUUUGCAAAAAAAAAAGUGUCUCUCUCAACUGAAACAUCUAUAUAAUGCAGAAGUUCAGAAGUUGUAUUUCAUAAAAAUAAAUAUUGUUUAUAAUAACAUAACCACUUAGUAUAUAUACAUUUUUUUAGAUUUUAGUUCUUGUUUAGACACAUAUUUCCAAAAUGACUCAUCUUUCCUCAAAUGCUUCAAUUUUCCUCACAUCCUAAAUGUGUAAAUCCUUGCCAGUGGGAUCUAACACAUUAUUCAAGCUUCAAAACUAAUUAAUUAACAAGUCUCAAAAUACCAACUCGAGCUGUUUACUUGGGCCACAAAACUGUCUUCCACAUGAAAAAAAAGUGGCAUGUUUCCAGAAAGUCCGUCCAAAAAUGUCAGAGGUCAAGAAACAACGAAACUGAAAGUAAAAACUCAUGGGUUCCAGAUUAACCCUUUGACUGCCUUGUCAUCCUCCACACUGCAUUUCAGUGAGUAAAUGGUUACUUAAAUAUAAAGGGUUAAGACCAGGGUCAAGAGCUUUUAGAUGGAUACGACUUGGGUAGAUCCAUUUCUGGCAACCUAUUCAUACUAACUUGUAACUGUGCCAGCUGAAAAAGAAAUGUAUGUUAUAAAGCAUGUAUGUUGUAGGUUACUUUGGUUUAAUAUAAUUAACUUAAAAAUAUCUGACAGUGCAAAGGGCCUAAGAGGUAAAAAAAAAAAAAAAAAAAUCACUUAAAACAGACUCAAAUACAAGAAAAAUGGCUUGAGUCUAUUUGGGUCUGUUUUGAAUCCAGUUAAGAGAAUUAAAAUAAAAUCAUAUUCUGCUUAAAAAUGUAUUUUCAUAUCCACAGUAGAGACAGACUUUAAUAGCUGGUGCUCUGAAUUUUAAGUCUUCUCUGCUGCAUAAAGCGUGAUGUAAUUAGAAAACUGGUUUAUUAUCCUGGCAUUAUUGUUGUUUUCUGCCAAAGUAUCUUAGUAUAUUAAGCACUAGGAAUAAGGGUUCAACAAUUAUAUAAUGCAGAAUAGACAAGGAUAAAAAAUAUUAAAUUAAUUAAUUAGUAAAUGAUCCACACAAUUAAAUUGAAUAUGAAAAUUUCAGGUUUAGUUCUUGUACCAUUCGUCACCAUUAUUCCUUACCAAAUACCUUUUCAAUGAAACUGCCAUGAUUUGUAUAAAAGUAAUGUUUUUAUGUCUUUUCAUGCUGUACAGGAUUUGUAUGCCAAAAAAAAAUGAUGAUGAUGAUGAUGAUGAUGAUGAUGAUGAUGAUGAUAUUCAAUGCCUUACAACUAAUUCCUGUAUCUUUUA